AUGGAGACCGAAACCGAUAAUUCGAAUGAGUUCUCAAGUUUGACGGACAACGAGGAGUUCUGGAAGCGGCAGACUGCCGAAGAUGAUGCCGAAGUCCUCAGGUUCCUGGAUCAGAGCCAACAGGGACGAAAUGCCAACGUGCAUCUCAACCUCGACCCAGAUGCUGAGAUCAGUCAAGAGGGCAAGGCAGAUGAUGCGGAGGACUUCGGCGAUAUCAGCGAUGAUGAACUGCCGGACGAGGAGGAGGCGACGGGAGGGGCUUCUGCCGAGGUCCCAGGGUUAACGGACGACACGGGAACUAGCCAUGAUACCGAUGAUCUUUUCGGCGACCAACCCUCAUCCCCCAUCGAAACGGCCAUCAGAUCAUCACCAGUACCUCAAGAUGACGAUCUCGAGCUCGGCAACGAGCUGCAUUACAUGACAGAUAUUGAGCGCGACCGAGCACUCAACUUUCCCGAGGAGGCUAUCGACCAAGGGGCGAACCAGGACCCUUCUAUCCCGCCCGCAGCCGAAAAUGUUUUGGAGGUUGUUCUGCAAGCUUUCCCCACCUUCGAGAAGGGAGUGGUUUUAGACUUCAACGAACUGCUCGCCCCGAAGCCUCUCUUCUACACCGAGAAGAAGCCAGCCCGACCUCCGAAGCCCCUUCUUCCCACCAAGCUCAGUCUUGACUUUGAGGCCGACCAGGAGAAACUCUUCCGCAUCCCGGGGACAGCGACUGCCACACACCGACAGAAGAUCCGCGAUGCCGAGACUAAGGGAUUCGUAUCGUGUCUCGAGCCUGAGAUCCUCGCUCAAGCAGAUGUUGACAUGUUCAAGGAAAUGCUUGAGGACGACAGCGAGACAAUUGGUGGAUUCACAUUGCGAGACAUCGAGCUGGUCUGUGAGGACUGGGACAGCAUGAUUGACCCUCCCACGCCUCCCAGCAUCCCGCAGGAGCCGGUCGAUAUUGUGAUGGAUGGCGAGGAUGAAGAUGACGACUGGAACCGGCAGUUCCUCGACGAUCGGCCUGUCAAGCGACGCAAGAUCGUGGUCGAGCCAGGCUUGCCGACGAUUUCUCGGUUUAUAGCCCCGACGUUUGAUAAUUUCGAGGAGGCCACAUCGCGUGGUGCCAAGCGGGUCUACCUCGACAUGCAAGAUCCUUACCUGCUGAUCGAUGAUAUGGACUCGGAACGAGCUUCGAAACGCCCCAAGCUUGCUUACAAACAGAAGCGCAUGGCCAAUGGACGACUGGGACGCGACAUCUCGGAUCGAUUCAACUAUUCGAAUGACCAGGCCUAUGAUCAGCUAAAGGAAAAUCACCAACACAAGGUUCGAGCCCAACUGAGCAACGUCCAAGUAGAGCACAGUUUGCCAGCAAUCAAGCUGGUCUGGCCAUACUACACAAUAAAGUCUGUGGGGUAUGCGCCCCACGACUACCACCGCCCGUCGCUCAGGGUGACCAAGUCUGUCGGUCAGGUUGUGAAGCUGGCCAAGCCCGCGAAAUUCCCGCGGAAGGAAAUGAAGCACAAGAAAGUCCGGGACGCGUUCAAACUAUCCAAAGAUCUCAGUCUGAACGACAACUCGACUGCUAUUCUCUUCGAGUACAGUGAAGAAAUCCCCACUGUGCUGUCCAACUUCGGCAUGGGCAACAAGAUCAUGAAUUACUACCGCCGGAAAACCAAAGACGAAGACGAAAAGCCGCCAAAGCUCGAACUCGGUGACAAUCAUGUUCUACUCCCCGAAGACAAGUCUCCAUUCUCAAUCUUCGGAACUGUCGAUGCAGGCGAGACCGUCCCAACUCUACACAACCCCAUGUUCCAGGCACCGAUUUUCAAGCAUAAUGCUCGCAAUACCGACUUCCUGUUCGGCCGCUCGACUACUGGGACUAAUGGCACGGUGUACUACCUUCGGAAGAUUGAUCAUCUCUACGUCGUUGGUCAGAAUUUCCCUCUUGCUGAGGUGCCUGGUCCUCAUUCUCGUAAAGUUACUGCUCUCAGCAAGAACAGGCUGCGGAUGGUCGCCUACAGGCUGAUACACCGGCACGGCUCUGUCACCUUGGGCGCCAUCACGUCCCAUGUCAAGGAUUCGAAUGAUGCCCAGAACCGGCAAAAGCUCAAAGAAUUCCUUCAGUAUGAUAAAGAGACCAAGAGCUGGCAUCUCAAUGUCAACGAGAGCCUUAUGGACCAGGAGACCAUCGACACCAUGGUGAAGCCCGACGAGGUCUGUCUUGUUGAUGCCAUGCAGGUCGGCCAGAACGAGCUAGCUCAGAACGGGUAUCAGUUGGAUGACAGCGCUCAGGUCGACGAUGACGAUGGGGAGAACAACAAGGAGAGCCUGGCCAACAAUAUGGUGCCCUGGAAGACUACCAAGGCGUUUAUCGACGCGUGCUCUGGAAAGGCCAUGCUCCAGCUCCAUGGAGCUGGUGACCCCACCGGCAAAGGCCUGGGUUUCAGCUUUAUCAAGACCUCCAUGAAAGGUGGCUACAUGGACGCUCUGCAGGGACCCGGAACAACCUCGGCGGACGCCAUAGAGCGCGAGCGAGAAAGGAAAGCCAACGGCGGUCACUCGUACAACGUGAAGAAGCAGGAGGCGUUGUACAAGAACGCGAUCGAGACUAUUUGGGGCCUGCAGAAGAGUACGCUCACGGAUGUGACUGAUCAUGACGACGAGGACGUACAGCUUCAGGAGGAUGAAGACGAUAGAUUCAACGUCCAAAAAGAUGCGGCGUCGAGCGUGGUUCACGUGGAUGACUCUAUGAGUCAAUUCAGCCGCAGCGCUGUUACUGCCGUCGACAAGAAAAAGCUGAAGAUCGUACGCAAAUACCGGAAUCCCGAGACGGGUGACAUUGAGACCAAGACGGAGCUCGUCUACGACCAAGGCGUCAUCACCCAGUAUGUCAGGGCCAAAGCUCGUCAAGAGGCCGAGAAGAUCGAUCCUUACGCGGCCAAGCCCACUGGUGAUCCGGAGCAUGACCGGAUCUUGAUGGAAAGGCUCGACCUCGAACAGGCAAGGCUCAACCGCAACAAGGAGCGGCGGCACGCUCGGGAGAAGCAAAAGGCAAUGCUGCAGCAGGUACACGAUGGCGACCCGGACUCACCUGCUCCCUCCAUCGAGAAAAACACGGGCACGACAAGGAAGUGCGCAAACUGUGGUCAAGUCGGUCAUAUCAAGACCAACAAGAAACUUUGCCCCCUUCUCAACGGCACCAUGAAGGCCAAAGAUGGCGCAGAAGACCAGGGCGGCUUCGGCACCUUCCCAGAUGCGACCCCUGUUACACUGAUAGAAAUAAACCCCGAAUUCAACACCCGAGAGUUCGGCUCUGCCGGCUAG